AUGGAUAGAUCCGUACUCAUACUACACAGGCAAAGCAGUCCUGGUCCCCUACGAGAGUCUGAGAGACCACCUGGGCCGGCUCACCCAGCCAAUCAAUGCAGACAUGGUGAGAAAAUUGGCUUCGCGUAUUCCUCAUCACUACCGGCUCUUGAGGCCUUGAUGCCGGAUGAUUUCGCCGCUAGGAUUCAGGGUACACAAGUAGACCCCAAAACUCCCACAAGUGAUGCGGACCGACUCCCUUUCAUCAAUGGUCAGACAGGCGAGCGCAUUGGGGAAAUCAAAUCGAGCAAAUUUGACCGUCUCCGACGCGACAAGUUCGGUAAGCUGUUGAUGGAGCUGUUGAUGGAAGGACUCGACAUCAAAUGGGAAAAGAGUCUUACGGAUAUCAUAUACUCUGCAGAUGAGACGAAAGUCACAGCACGCUUCGCAGAUGGAACAAAGGACACAGGCAGUCUUUCGGUUGCAUCCGACGGUACACAUUCGACAGUGCGGGAGCUGCUCGUCGGAGCUGAGAAAGCUAAGGUGACCCCCACCGACUUUGCUACAACCUUGUGCUUCACGAAGCACUCUCGAGAGCGAGUUUUGUUCCUACGGAGUACACCGUUUCACCCACUCUAUCAGGUCGCCCCACAUCCCCAUGGCUCCUUUGGCUGGCUUAGUCUCCACGACGGUGAUGAUGUCGAUCACCCUGAGAAAUGGAAGUUCUUCCAUUACAUUUCUUAUCCCGAGCCUCGAAAUGUGGAAAACAACAAGUCAAUGGCUGGACGUCUCGCAUACCAGAAGGAAUUGGCCAAAGAAUUCUGCGACCCUUUCAGGAGCGUUUUCGAAUGGACACCAACCGACAGCCCCUUAUGGUAUGGGAAACUGCGCCAAUGGGAUCCAAGCGAGCCAGAGCACAGCUGGGAGAAUCAUGACGGCCGAAUCACUCUUGCAGGGGAUGCAGCGCACCCGAUGACUUUUCAAAUAGGGCAAGGGCUCAACCAUGCGCUCAAGGAUUCGUACGAGCUUUGCAAAAGGAUUGAAGGGUUCUCAAAUUCUGGCCGCUUUUCAUCUGAGCAGAGGGCAACGGCAAUUGCAGCCUAUGAGAACGAGAUGAGGCCGCGGGGAGGCGAGGAAGUGCGCUUGAGUGAGGCAAAUAGUAUAGCAAUGCAUGAUUGGGAAAAGGUGAUGUAG